AUGGUUAUAGAGAAAUUAAGUGUCUUGGCUUAUUCAUAUGCUUCUCCAUUGGUCAGGUGGUCUCAGAUAGCCCAGCACUUGCCAGGAAGAACUGAUAACGAGAUUAAGAACCACUGGCACUCUUACCUCAAGAAGAAAGUGGCUAAAGAGGGACAAUCUCAAGCUCAAAAUGAGUAUCCGAGUCCAAACACAGAUAUCACAGAAUCCUCACUCUCUUCCCUCAAGUCCUUUGAAUCGUUUGAACCAACAGAAGGAACACAAAUCUCUGGUGCUCCGGGAGAGGCUCCGCAGAGCAACUUGCCAAAGCUUCUCUUCGCGGAGUGGCUCUCACUAGACCAAUUCCAAGGCCAGUGCUCUGGAAAUUACGGUGAAUCAGCCGAAGUUUCUAAAGAUGCUCACUGUGACCUCAAUUCUAGCUUCCUAGACCCUUUAUCCUAUGGCUUGUUACUGAACGAGGGGUUGUUUGGUGGCGACUUAACCGGUGACUCUGCUUUCGAAAUGUUUUAUCCGCAGUUCAGAUCGGAUAAUCGGUUUUCUGAAAAUGGUUUUGUUAGUUUUAUGGCCGAAGAGGAUAUGUGCAGCCAGCUUAAUGUAAAUGAUGUCAUGUACGUAUGA